AUGAUUCGCCCCAAGAGAAGUGAUGAACACGAAAUUGUCGACGCAAUUUCGACAUUCCCGAAGAAAGGAGGGAAAAUCAAAGUUCCAGAAUGGGCUGAUUUGGUAAAACUUGGCACGAACAAAGAAUUGGCACCAAUUAAUCCUGAUUGGUACUAUGUCCGCGUUGCCAGCAUUGCUCGCCGUCUUUACAUUCGUUCGCGAGCCGGUGUUGGAGCUUUCCGCAAGUUUAUGGAGGCAAUAAGCGUCAUGGCGUUCAGCCAAACCAUUUUGUGUUGGCAUCUGGCUCUGUUAUACGCAAAUCUCUUCAAUCGGUAGAAGCAAUUAGUGGGUGGAGAAAGAUGCACGUGGUGGACGAAAAUUGAGCAAACAGGUUUUGAUCAUUUUUUUGUUAUUUGCCUUUUUGGUUUUCGGGAUUCGACGUGGGUUUGAAUUCCGUUCUUUUUUGAUUUUCUAAGUUUGGGCUUGGUUUUUGGGCGUGGUAGUGGAUCCUGAGUUAGAUUAUGGCUUUGACGAACUCCAGGGAAAUUCAGGAUCAUAAAAGUGCUUGGGUGUUGGCAAUGACAUGAGCGCACGGGGAGGAGGGUUCUGGCUUAGUACUUGGAGGUGUCUUGACUUGAGCACUUGAAAAAGCCUCAGGUGUUGCCACCAACACAUCUUUUUUUUGGGUUGAAAAUUUUCUUCAAACCAUUUAUCUCAUUUUCCUUUUUAAGUGCAAUUGGUUGAAUGGUUCGAAGACAGUAGCUUCUACAUGGUUUUUGAGAAGAUGCGUG